GGUGGACCUUCCCCCUGGUGCUACACCGUGAAUCCUGACGUACGCUGGCAGACCUGUGAUAUUCCCUUCUGUUUAAACUCGUCCUUUCAGUGUGAUUUCUCGGGAGGAAUGUGUGGUCUAGAACAACCGAAUGAUACAGGGAUGACUUGGCUAUUGAACAAGAAUGAACGAUCUUUACGUUGGAACCGUCCUCCAGAAAAUGCGUCUAAUUCGCAGUUAUUUAUUUCUACCUUGACAACGAAUCUCUUGCGCUCUGUGACAACGGCCCCCUGUUUGCUGCUGACCUAUCGCAGUGAGGGUAUAGAGCUACUCCUCACGACGUCCACACAAAAUCUGACAAAACUUAAAGAAAGCUCUGAGUUUAGAAGUGUUAAAGUCAACAUACAUCCUCAACCAGAUAACUACAAGGUAUUUAUUUCGCCACACAUCGCUGCAUCUUCACAAGCUGGAUCAUCAACAGUAGCAGCUAUUAAAUUUAUGAAGAUUGAAAACGAGCCAUGUACAGAUUGCUUUUCCUGCCUGGAUGACAGAUUAUGUAUUAGGGAGGGAUUUUGUGAUAUGGUACCAGAUUGUCCUGACAACAGUGACGAAGAAAAUUGUGCUUUAGAGUGUUACCAUGGAAAUGAGUACAAAGGAUUUCGUACAGAGACAAAGUACCUUCACCAAUGCAUGGCAGAAUUGGGAAGAACUUGUAGGUUCGAAUUGUCAAGCAAAAGAGAGCCGGGUUGUUUUGUCGACUCCGAGUUUAAAUGGGAGGAAUGUAAUGUACCAAAAUGUGAUAUAGGGAAUUUGAUUUGUGACUUUGAACAAGAUUUGUGUGAUUGGCAACAAAUGAAAAGCGGAGCUAAAUGGAACCGUCAAAUAGCUGAAAACACUGGAGAAAUGUUUGCCUCUGCUGAAAAGAAAGAAAGAUUGAGUGGAAAUACGGAGGAGAGGGCCGUUUUAUUCAGCAAACCACAGCCUUCAUCGUCCGAGUUUGGGUGUAUAACAAUGACGUUUUCUGGGAAAAAUUUCAAUUUAGAUGUUUACAUAACACAAGGCACAGCACGUACCUUGGAUAGGAUUAUUUUUCAGCGACAGAAUGUAAAUUCAAACCUUUUUGCCACUACAAGCUUUCAAACGCCUAUUGACAUACCUUAUAUGGUAAUAAUUGUUGCAACAUUCCAAGCUAAUUUAACUGGUAUUAUACGACUUGGAAAAAUCAGUUACGAAAACGGAAUUUGUAAAGAUAAGGGUCCUUGUUACAAAACACAGUAUCAAUGCGACGACGGAAGAUGUAUUAACGCUGAGCAGUUUUGCAACAAGAAAAAUGAUUGUCCAAACAACGAAGACGAAAAUGUGUGCAAUUACAACAAUACCCAAUGUGUGCAAAUGGAAAAGGGAUGUGUCCUACCUUGCCCCCACCAGUGUGAUUGUAAAGGAGUAGUUUUCAAGUGUCAGUAUCCGGAAAAUGUGACAAGAGAGGUCAGAGUACUUGAUCUUAGUUCAAGCAAUUUCAACACCACGGAAUUAAAAGAUUUCAAUUACCUCUUACAUUUGAAUUUAUCUGGGUGUUCGAUUGAAGAUUCGUCACUUCAGCAUCUAGGAAAGCAACUACAAUCUCACAGCCUUCAAACUUUAGAUAUCUCGUUUAAUAGAAUACGAAAUUUGCAACAGGGUACCUUUGAGGAACUUUCACACAUAUUAUACCUUAAUGUUUCACAUAAUCAAAUCACAGAUCUACAAAUGGACUUCCUUGGAGUCCUUCCAGAGUUACGGCAUUUGAUUCUUAGAAAUAGCGAAAUAGUGAUGAUUCAUUCGAAAGAAAUCUAUAGUCAGUUCAAUUCUAGCCUCGAGUUGCUAGAUUUGAGAAACAAUAAAAUAAAAACAAUUUUUCCAAAAGCACUGCACUGGCUAAGUUCCUUAUCAAAUUUAUUAUUGAGUAACAACGCCAUCACAAAUACUGAUGACUAUUUUUCAAGAUCAAUGGAAAUGCUGGUUGAAGUAGACCUGAGUUUUAAUUCUAUUAGUAACAUCACAGAUAACAUGUUUUCAGGUUUGAGGAGACUGGGAUAUCUUAAUUUACAAAACAACCAGAUACAAAUUUUAAAUGAUUUUUCAUUUUCUACACUGGCAUCUUUACAAAAACUUAAUCUUGCUUUCAAUAAAAUCCACACAAUUAACAAAAUGGCUUUUGAGAACAUGGUAUCACUCACCAAAUUAAACCUCACAGGAAACCAGUUAAGAACACUUUCUCCUGCAAGAUUCGUCGCUUUGGUUAAACUUCAGAUAUUGGAUUUAUCAAACAAUGACAUGACAGCAUUGGAGAGUAACGCCUUUAGAAGACUAGAAGAAGUUAAAUAUCUAUAUAUUAACAAAAACAAUUUACAAGUGUCCCGAGCUAUGUUUCAGGGUCUUUGUAACCUUGAAUGGAUAUGGACAGAUUCUUAUAUUAUUUGUUGUGCCAAACCAUUGUCUGUUGCAGCAUCAAAAUGUAUUUCUCCGCGAGACCGCAUCUCGACCUGCGAGCAGUUGAUCAGUGUUGGGUUUUUGGCCCAGAUGAUAUGGUACGUGGCUCUUUUCUCCUUCAUCGGGAACCUUUAUGUUAUAUAUUACCGCAUGAGAAAUACCAGCAAAGGAAGGAAUAAUGCACACGGAAUUUUAAUUUUAAACCUAAGCUUUUCCGAUUUAUUAAUGGGAGUUUACUUGUUCAUUAUUGCUGUGGCAGACAUGAAAUACCGUAAUGAGUAUGGUUUUAACGACAGUCAGUGGAGGUCUAGCACAACCUGUACUGUGGCUGGCUUACUUGCAACAGUUUCGUGUGAAGCAUCAGUGCUUUUUGUAUUUUUAAUAACUUUGGAACGAUUUCUAGCCUUAAAAUAUCCAUUUUCAACCGAUUUCCUAAAAAAGAAGAAACAUAAAUCUGUGAUUUCAGUAAUAGUAUGGCUUAUGACCAUCUUUUUAGCAGCGUUUCCUAUCUCAGUUUACCCAGACUUCUAUAGCAGAUCUACAGUUUGUAUCUCUCUCCCGUUAACAGCUGAGCGAGUAGCUGGAUGGGAAUAUGCAACCUUUGUUUUUAUAGGAUUUAACUUAAUGAUAUUCAUUGCUAUAGUGGUUGGACAGAUUUUGAUAUUUGUCGAGGUGAAGGUCAUUGGAAGUGCCUUACAACAAGACAACAGGAAGAGAGAAAUUGCUGUGUUAAAAUCUCUUUCUUAUGUCGUUUUGUCGGACAUGUGCUGCUGGAUCCCUAUAAUAUUGAUUGGAAUCAUGGCAUACGGCGGGAUGGAGAUAACGUUCGAUGUUUAUGCCUGGGUCGUUGUUCUGGUACUGCCCCUUAAUUCAGCAUUGAAUCCAUUCAUUUACACAUUCAUUGUGAUAUACAGACAGAAACAGGAAUCACAAAGGAGUCAAUCCAUCUCCAUGGAUGAUAAACAAAAUGGACGACCGCUCAGCAGGACCCAAACUAUCUCCAAGGAUGAUAGACAAAAUGGACAAUCGCUCAGCAGGAACUCAACAUCAGUUUCGGGAAGGAAAUUUUAAAUCAGUAUCGUUUUUAGCUGACAAUAAUACCUCAAAAUAUAUAAAUAGCUUGGCUUUCAGUCCAAGUCAAAUCGUUAGAUAAUUUUACGCAAUCUUCCUGCAUUUAUUGAACCCUCGAGGUCAACCAGUGUAUAUACAAGGCGGCAAAUUCAAAGUCUAUGGGGAUUUAACAUGGUAAACUCAUCCAUUAUCGUCACAAGGCAGGAAACCAGUUUAUCGAGGAAGUACUCGUUCUUUCAAAUUAAAAUUAUAAAAAAAAUUACAAAAAUGGAACCCAGAAAUGUCUGUGAUUCAUCAGCAAAUACCUCUAUUUCUACCGGAUUUUCCCGUUAUUUCACGAUCAUGACAAUGAGCACACGGCGGGUGUGACC